UUAAAGGGUCGCUAAGAAUUUUUUAUUUCUUUAAUCACAGAAGAAAAACUCCUUUGAGAUACAAAUACGAUACGAGAGAUAGAGAGAGAGAGCUUCUAUGUACAAACCCUAGAUUUCACGAAAUCGAUCUAUCCGAUUCUCGUGAAGACGCAGCUUGUUUUCAAUUAUGAUUCUGCAGAUCGAAUUGAAUCUUCCUUAGAUUUAAUCGACGGUCUCACGAUUUCGAUCCUUUUUUUCUACUGGAAUCGGUGCUUGGAGCUCCCGGAUCUUAUGGACUGAAGGCAAGCUCCCGGAUCUGUAGCUGCGAAGAUCUUCGGAGGAGGAUUGAAGAUAUCGGCGGCGCAAUCACCAGCUCUUUCCCCCUGCGAUCUACUAUACUCGAUUUGAUUCAACCCGGACGUUCUCGUGCCUGAAUCUGCAGGGACCACUCUUGGAUUUUUAGAUUUGGUGUGGAAUUGCUGCACGCGUGGAGGUUUCGUCUGUCAAAUUCCGUGAAGUCGAAUCAGCGAAAUAAAUUUUCAAUGGCAAUUUAUUACAAGUUUAAGAGUGCAAGGGAUUAUGAUACCAUCGCCAUGGAUGGCCCUUUUAUAUCAGUCGGUAUUCUCAAAGACAAAAUUUUCGAAACUAAGCAUUUGGGCAGUGGUAAAGACCUUGAUAUUGUCGUCUCCAAUGCCCAAACUAACGAAGAGUAUCUGGAUGAAGCAAUGUUAAUACCAAAGAAUACAUCUGUCCUAAUUCGUCGAGUCCCAGGACGCCCUCGCAUCACAGUUAUUAGUACUGCACAAGAGUACUUUCUCAGACCUUUGAUUCCCAUAUGCUUAGUCAAGCCUAGAAUGGAGAGUAAAGUGGAAAACGUUCAGCCUGAAAUCAGCAAUGUUCCGGUUGCGGAUCCGUCUGCAGGGAAAUAUCCUGAAGAUGAGUGGGACGAGUUCGGGAAUGAUUUAUACUCCAUUCCUGAUGCCCAAGUUGCCCAGGAUAACAAUCCAUGUCCUGUCCUUGCACCAGCAGACGAAAAAGUAGACGAAGAAAGCAAAAUCCAGGCGUUGAUUCACACUCCAGCUCUUGACUGGCAGCGACAAGGUCCAGAUAAUUUUGGGGCUGGGAGAGGUUACGGAAGGGGUUCGAGUGGAAGGAUGGGUGGACGUGGUUUUGGAAUGGAAAGGAAAACGCCACCUCCGGGAUAUAUUUGCCAUCGCUGCAAUGUCCCUGGACAUUUUAUCCAGCAUUGCCCCACAAAUGGUGACCCUGAAUUUGAUGUUAAGAGAGUUAAACCACCUACUGGUAUCCCCAAGUCCAUGUUGAUGGCGACCCCUGAUGGUUCUUAUUCCUUGCCCAGUGGCGCUGUUGCAGUUCUGAAACCAAAUGAGGAUGCUUUUGAGAGGGAAAUGGAGGGAUUGCCAUCAACAACACGCUCUGUAGGAGAACUUCCACCUGAGCUAAAAUGCCCACUAUGCAAAGAAGUAAUGAGAGAUGCUGCGCUUACAAGCAAGUGUUGUUUCAAGAGCUUCUGUGACAAAUGUAUCAGAGAUCAUAUUAUUUCAAAGUCGAGGUGUGUUUGUGGAGCAACUGAUGUACUCGCUGACGAUCUCCUACCAAACAAGACCCUUAGGGAUACUAUUGAACGUAUUUUGGAAGCUGGAAACGAUAGCACUGAGAACGCCGGCAGCGUUGGACAUAUCCCAGAUUUGGAGUCUGCACGCUGUCCACCUCCCAAGGCUCUAUCUCCUACUACAUCUGUUGCAUCUAAAGGCGAGAAAAAACCAGCUCAUAGUAACAACAACAACAAUGCUUCAACCGUAAAGCUGCCAACGGAAGCUGCAGAGAUCACAAGUGCCCCUCGGGCAUCUGCAGAGGAUAAAGUGGAAAAGCCAGUCGAUGCGUGUGAAAGCACUCAAGGGUCCGUGUCUGUGAAAGAAGCAACAGUCUCAAAGCUCAAUACGCAAGCUGCUCCCAAGGAAGAAGUGCAGCAGCAGCAGGUUGCUGCUGGAGAGCCAGCAAAAAAGAAGAAAAAGAAACCCCGAGUGCCUGGACCUGAUAUGCAAUGGAAUAAUCAUGGGCCGGAUCUAGCAGGCCCUGACUACAUGAUGCAAAUGGGUCCAGGUCCCCAGUACUUCAACGGCAUGCAGCCCGGCUUCAACGGUGUUCAUCCUGGCUUUAACGGCGUUCAACCUGGCUUUAACGGAUUUCAUCCCGGCUUCAAUGGAUUUGCAGGCCCUUUUCCAGGCGCGAUGCCUCCUUUUAUGGGUUACAAUCCGAUGGACAUGGCCUUUAAUGGGGGUAUGAACAUGAUGCAUCCUGAUCCAUUUGUUGCACAAGGAUUUGGAUUCCCUAAUAUACCACCACCUCAUAGGGACCUAGCGGAGUUGGGAAACCGUAUGAAUCUCCAACGUGCCAUGAUGGGCAGAGACGAAGCCGAAGCUCGAAAAGCUGAGAUGUUAAGAAAACGCGACAACGAGAGACGAACUGAAGGUGGGAAGAUGUUUAGGGAUGGAGAGAAUAGCAGAAUGAUGAUGAGCAAUGGAACUUCAGCCUCUGCAUCGUCCAUCAACCCUAAUAAAUCUUACUCAGCGCGACCAGCACCUCCGCCACCGAAUCCGGACUACGACCGCCGUAGACGACCGGAGAGAUUAUCUCCCGAGCACCCACCCCCUCGUAAGAUCAAUUCUCCGUCACGAGAUUCCAAGAGAAAAUCCGAGCGUUAUCCUGACGAACGCGAUCGACCACGCGACCGUGAAAGGUCGUCCCGUCACCAAGAGGUAGACCGUGAACACGACCACCGCACUCGCGACCGUCGCGAUGAAGAUAGAAGCCGAGACCAACGUCACCACCGCGAUUCGGAACGCGACCAGCAUCACCACCGUAAGCGAUCGGAACCUCCGUCGUCGGAGCCACUCGCUGCCGCAAGUAAAUCAGAGAUCGAUAACAGUCACAAGUCAAGCGUAUUCGCUCGGAUAAGCUUUCCGGAGGAAGAAUCUUCCAGCAAAAGACGAAGGGGAUCUUCGUCUGCUUCUGCUUCCGUGGCGGACCCGCCUGUCCCUGCCGCCGUUUCCGUCGGAACAUCAAUCCACCGUCACAGCCGGAAGGAAAUUGAGGUAGCAGAUUAUGAAUCUAGCGACGAAGAUAGGCAUUUCAAGAGAAAGCCAUCGAGGUACGAGCGAUCUCCACCAGUGGUGAUUAGUGAUGUGAGUGAAGAUAAACAUCGAUACUCAAAACGCGGGAAGGGGGAGAGGUCUCGAGCUUGAUUUUCAAACAUUUUUGUUUUAUUUUUGUAUAAUUUGCUUCAAGUCUGAGAAAAUUAAAUGAGAAUCUUCUUAUUUGGCUAUAACGAACAAAUAAGAGAGCUCUUUUUAAUGAAAUUCGAUUUCGGAAUCUUUUUUCUUUCUAGUCCAGCUUUUGUUUGAGGACAACACUUCUUAAUUUCUUUAUCCAUGUAAUCUAAAUGACAUCAGUUGAUUUACAGUGAGAACUAAGUUUUUAAAUACAUGUUGUUACGUUUCAAAUAUAA